AUUAAAGUACAAUACGAAUCCAGACACAGAGGAAGGAAUAACAGUGGAAGAAGAGGCGAGAGAAGGUCUGAUACAUUAUCUAAAUUCUCAUCCUCGCUUCAAUGCAAACCGCAAUUGCAGCAAUGGCGGCGCAGACCAUCCUCUUGGCUUCCCAAACUCUUCUCUUCCCUCCCUCCUCAACCCCUAUCCACAGCCCAACUCUGCACUCUUCCUUCCACGGCCUCCCCCUCAAACCCAUCAGCCAAUCCAUCUCCCUCACCCUCCCCGCCGCCCCGAAGCCCCUCGCCGUCGUCGCUGCCACCAAGAAGGCCGUUGCCGUCCUCAAGGGCACCUCCAAUGUUGAAGGCGUCGUCACACUCGCCCAAGAAGACGGCGGUCCGACGACGGUGAAUGUGAGGGUCACUGGACUCACUCCCGGACCCCAUGGGUUUCAUGUACACGAGUACGGAGACACAACAAAUGGGUGUAUGUCUACAGGAGCACACUUUAAUCCCAAUAAGAUGACGCAUGGUGCUCCUGAGGACGAAGUCCGCCAUGCGGGUGACCUGGGAAACAUAAUUGCUAAUGCCGAUGGAGUGGCAGAGGCGACAAUUGUGGAUAGCCAGAUACCACUCAGUGGGCCUAAUAUGGUCAUUGGCCGGGCCCUUGUGGUUCAUGAGCUUGAGGAUGACCUUGGGAAGGGUGGUCAUGAACUUAGCCUUACCACGGGAAAUGCCGGUGGACGUUUGGCAUGUGGUGUUGUUGGUUUGACUCCAGUGUAAUGACAGAUCCUAGUAUCCAGUAUCCAGUCAAACUUCUGGUCUCUACUAUUUGUGUCCCUUGCAUGUUUUGUGUGUAGGUCAAUACUAUCGAAGGCUGAGGCUGUACUCCAGGAUCACAUGACAACAAUUCUUAGUGGUAAUGAGGACUGAGAUUGAUCUUGGUUGAUGGAUUCCCCAUUUCAAUAAAUAUGAGGUUGGUUUAUAUGUAUUAUGGUAUUUUGAGUAUUCUGAAUCUUGUUUUGAAUGCAUUCUAGUUGGAAUGUUGGUGGUAAUCAUCUGCUUUGACAUGAUAUUUUACCUGUACCUGGAUUAUUCUAGUUAAAUCUACUUGGUUCAGCACCAAA